AUGGCUGGAACCCCGCCCGAUGGUCUUUCUCCAGCUGCUUUCGUUCUCAAAGAUGGUCAUAAGUCGUUAUUGUAUAAAACGUAUCGUUAUCGCCUUCGUACGCGUAAAAUUGAUGGCACUGAAACGUGGCGUUGUACUGAUCGUAAUUGUUGUGCAUCGAUAGCAGUCAACCCAACGACGUUAGCAGUUUUAGUGGAACGUGGGAACCAUGCACAUGAAGAAGCCAAGGUUGAGCAUCCACUAGUACGGGAGUUAAAGCGAAAAGUUGGAGAUGAUAUUUCACCAAUACCACAUCAGUGCGAAGGUGCCAUUCAUGGGAUGGUCAAACGACAAAAAAGUACAGCAGAUUGUGCUUUAGUUCCAAAAUACGAAUCAGUUCGGUCAAGUCUCUAUCGAGCGCGCUGGAGACAGUUACAAACAUAUCGACCCACUAAAGAAGAUUUUAUGAUUCCUGAUAAUCUUCAAAAAAACACUUGA